ACGGCAUCACACAUGCUGCGAUUGUUCUAAGCUUGUAAAAUGUGUUUUCUUCGUCGCAGGAGAUGAAGAGAUAAUCAAUCAUACUGAUACUUCAGGUCUGUUGGAGCAGAGCAGUAGGUCAUCAUCAUGGGUCUGUUGUCUGACCCGAGUCGCAGGAAAGUCCUGACCGGCCUCCUGACCCGCCUCAACACACCCAUAUGUAUUGUGUGCUACCUGGCUGGCAUCGUGUGGUUCAUGGGCCUGGCGUUCGAGCCCUUCACGCUGCGCACGUACAUGUCGGAGAACGCCAUGGGCUCCACUAUGGUUUCCUCCGGGGAGCGAGCACUGUCCCUCGCCAAGGAGUUCGACGCUCACAAAAGACAGGCCUACGAGUGCCUGCUGUGUGAUUAAAGCAGGGUUAGUCAGUAAUGAUGCUGGUUUGUUUCUGCAGCGGGAUGCCGGUGGAGUGGUUAGUUAAAGCGAUGCAAUCCAGAGGACUGGAGGUGUUCACCCAGAGCUUCUCCCGCAAGCUGCCCUUCCCUGACGAGAACAAGGAAAGAUAUAUGGUUCGAGGCACGAAUGUGUACGGGAUCCUGCGAGCUCCUCGCGCUCCUCGGACAGAGGCUCUGGUCAUCUCUGCUCCCUGCAGUCCUGGAGACAGUAACAACCAGGCGGUCGGCCUUCUGCUGGCCCUCGCGCAGUAUUUCAGGAACCAGGUGUACUGGGCCAAAGACAUCAUAUUCUUGGUGAACGAGCAUGAUCUGAUGGGCACGCAGGCCUGGCUGGAAGCCUACCACCACACUAACAUCACAGGAAUGGAGUACUCGCCGCUGCAGGGUCGCGCGGGGUCUAUUCAAGCCGCCCUCUCAUUGGAACUCAGCAGUGAUGUCAUCACCAGCCUGGACCUGAUUUUAGAAGGACUUAACGGUCAGCUGCCCAACCUGGACCUGGCCAACCUCUUCUAUGCCUUCUGUCAGAAGUUAGGAGUGCUGUGCACCAUUCAGGGAAAGCUGCAGAGGAAUGACUGGGACACGGCUGAGGGCUACACGCACGCGGCGCAGACCAUGAUGCUGAUGGUGCUGAAACAAGCUUGCGGACGGUCCUGGGGAGAUCACGGCCUCUUCCUCCGCUAUCACAUCGAAGCCGCUUCUGUUCGAGGCAUCAACAGUUUCAGACACUACAAGACGGACGCGGCCACCAUCGGCAGGUUGCUGGAGGGAAUGGUCCGUAAACUCAACAAUCUCCUGGAGCGUCUCCAUCAGUCAUAUUUCUUCUACCUCUUGCCUUCUCUCUCUCGGUUUGUCUCCAUUGGCUGCUAUAUGCUUGCGUUCGGCCUCCUGGUUGUCAUCUUACUGCUUCGAGCGCUGGAUCUCUGGGUUCACCUGGGAGCACCUGCUCUGGCAGCAGUGGAGGGAGUUACUGAAGCUCAGCAACCGUCCGGUCCGGGUGUGUUGACGGUGUUGACCCCGGUGGUGAUCAGUCACCUGACAGGUGUGGCGCUGUAUCUACUUCCUGUUCAUCUGCAGGAGAUGGCUGUGGAGCACUUCCCGGUGUCUGAAACCGAAGCUGUGGUGCUCACUGCAGUAGCCAUCUACACCGCAGGCCUAGCUCUGCCGCACAACACACAGCGGUUGCUGUCUGGAGAGGGCACGGAGCAGGGCUGGAAAGUGCUGAAGCUGACGGCUCUGCUCUAUCUAGCGGUGCUGUUGGGCUGCACAGCCCUCAUUAACUUCUCUCUGGGGUUCAUUUUGGCCGUUACGCUGGUGCCGAUCACCGCCAGCAUGACGCCGCACAUGCCCAAGGCUCUGAGCGCACUGGUCAUGGUGCUGCUCAGUCCUGCCUUCACCGUCCUCUACUGCGUCUUCAUCUACCAGGAGCUCAUCGAAGCGCCCGUCAGCGUCAGCGAGGGCUGGAUGCUCUUCCUCUCGGUCAUCUCGCAGGGCAUUCUCGAUCACGCGCUCUACGGAUCACUCGUGUAUCCACUCUUAGCCCUUUUCAUUUAUCCCUGCUGGCUAAUGUUCUGGAACAUUCUUUUCUGGAGUUAAUCAUUCUCAGAUGUCUUAAGUAGCAUCCAAUGGAGCUGUUUUUGAAAUAAUGCCACUUUGUGCCGAUCAUGAAGAUUUAUGGUCCAUCUGUGGGCUUUAUCUGCUGUUAGUGAUUGGCGUUAGGAAGAUCUACGAGGAUCCAAAUAAAGGUCAGAUAAAGAGGAUUUAAUAGUGUGUGAAGGGGUUUACAUGAAGACAUAUGUAGGACAGAAAUAAUGAAUUGAAAUAAAUUCAGGUUUUUUAUACCAGAUGUGUUGACAUAAUUGUUAAUUUUUUUUUUUUACCUUAUAGUUUGCGUAGUUUGGCAUUUUGAACUCUGGUGUACUGGAAGCUUAUAUUUAAUAUGGUUUGAUAUUCAUAAUUAUACAAAAAGAUUGUUUGUUAACUCAAAUGAAUUCUUAAUGAAGCCCUUGCAGUUUAGUUCUCUGUGGACAUUACAAAAGGCGGAAACGAGAAGAACACAAGACCUUAAAGAGCAAGUUUCCAAGACUUUGAUGCAUUAUUCAGUUUGUUUCAGGCAACACUGUAUUCAUAUGCUCUGAUGAACUAUGCACAUAGGUCUUUGAUUAUUAAAUGUGAUUAAAAUAACUUAAAAAUA